AUGAAGCACGUCGCCGCUUUCCUCCUCCUCACCCUCGCCGGCAACGAGUCCCCCUCGGCCGCUGACGUUAAGGGCGUCCUCUCCUCCGUCGGUAUCGAUGCCGAUGAGGAGCGUCUCACCAAGCUCAUCUCCGAGCUUGAGGGCAAGAACCUCCAGGAGCUGAUCUCCGAGGGUUCCGCUAAGCUCGCCUCUGUUCCCUCCGGUGGUGCUGGUGCUGGUGCUCCCGUCGCUGCCGCUGCCGCCGGCGGUGACGCUCCCGCUGAGGAGAAGGAGGAGGAGAAGGAGGAGUCCGACGAGGACAUGGGCUUCGGUCUCUUCGACUAA